ACACCACAAUCAUGCGUUGCAUCGAUUUGUGAUUAAAAAAGAACGAACACUUUUCGACAGGUUUCUGUUUUCGACGGAAAAUCGCACAAUAAACCAAAAAUAUAACAAUAGUUUCCUCGAAUUCAACCCAAUUUUUCCUUUUUACCAUGAAUACAGUAGUGGCAUUUUACAAUCGACAAUACGGUUAUCAGCAAAGAUGGCAAUAUGACAAUGUUUUAUCGAGAUUAUCAGCUCACAAACAUGACUGCUGGCGAGGCAUUGCCCCAUCCGAAGUCCACAUCGACUACAAUCCAACACCGCCAAUUUUUGCGGCCAAAUUUGCCAAUUGUUCCAACCAUCGGAACAUCAUUGCCAUCGCCAAUGAAGAUGGAAAGGUUGCCAUCCAGAAUACUGACCUCCCAAAUGACAACCCUGAAGAGCAACCGUUGAUCGGGAAUCAGUGCCAUAAUAAUGCCGUUUUCGAUGUCGAAUGGGUUCCGGGUCAAAUGCAACUUGUAUCCGCCUCAGGUGAUCACACAACUAGUCUAUGGCAAUUGCGAGAGAGUCGUUUCGAGCUUAUUCGAACAUUUAAUGGCCAUUCGCGGUCCGUGAAAACGGUGGCAUUCCGACGAACGGAUCCGGCAUGCUUUGCAACGGGCGGUCGUGAUAAUGCGAUUUUAAUUUGGGAUACACGUGCUCGGCCCAAAGUUGGCAACAAAAUGCCAAAAGCAGACAAUUGCAUAAUCAGUGGUCAUGCGACGGGACCAGGCACACCGCAAGCUUAUCGACGACGACAAACGAGACAAGCAACCCCGAAACUACCACCAAAUACAUCGUCUAGCAGUAUUACCGGUUUGGCAUUUCAAGAUGACUACACGUUGGCAUCGUGCGGCGGAGGUGAUGGUAUAAUCAAAGUAUGGGAUUUACGUCGAAAUUACAGUUGUUACAAAAAGGAGCCGGUACCAAAGCAUAGUAUCCCAUAUCCGGGCACGUCCACCUAUCAAGGCUAUUCAAAUUUGUUAAUCGAUAGCACGGGUCAAAAGCUGUAUGUGAAUUGUAUGGAUCACAAUAUUUACUGUUUUAAUUUAGGUGUAUAUGCAACGCAUCCAGUAAUCAGUUAUACUGGUUUAACGAAUAGCACAUUUUAUAUAAAAUCGAGUUUGAGCCCGGACGAUCAGUAUUUGAUAAGUGGUAGCAAAGACGAAAAGGCAUACAUAUGGAAUGUAAAUAGUUCACAGCCAAUAUUGGCAUUGCACGGUCAUGCGGAUGAGGUGACAUGCGUUGCAUGGGCUCGAACCAAUGAAUUGCGCAUCAUAACAUGCAGUGAUGAUUCGCGUCAUAAAAUCUGGCGCAUAAACAAUGACAAUUUAGACGUGCAUAAUUCGGAUAAUUAUCGCGGUGAAGCGCAAGUAUUGCCACGAACAACAAAACAAAUGGCCAUAAAACGACGCUUAAAAGAUUUAGAAAAUACACCGCGUUCGCUGAAGCGAAUUGUUGAACUGAAUGAAACAACGCCGAGUUCAACGGAAAAAUGUUCGCUGAAACGAUCGUUUGGCGAAAUGAAUGGUGGUGAUUUACAGAGUGUAUCGUCGUACGGUGGGGAUAGUAAAAGGCAAUUAAUUGAGACGAGAGCUCGUCGUUUGUUUGCACCGACAUCGUCGACGAGUAGCACAGAAAGUCAACAGCAACCAAUCAGAUCGGACGAUACACCAAGACGUAUGCCAUUGCCUGGAAUCAGCGAAGAAGUCGAAACACCGCCAAAAGAAGAGACUAACAAAAUCCUCUUAUCACCGCUCAACGAACGCAAUCAAUUAAGCCAUUAUCGGUUGGAUGAAAUUCGAACGCCAUCAUCAUCGAAUCGACCCUCAUGCUCACAAUCGCUAUUCUCACCCACAUCCAAUUUACCAAAUUACGUAAUGGACGCGAGUGAUGCACCGCAUCUGAAAUUACAAUCGCCGAAACGAAAGCUCAAAGAGAACAUCGACUGGCUGACGAAAAUCCGAAAGCAAAAACUCUCCACCACCAUUAGCCGGCAAUUGAAUGAAAAGCUCAACGAUUCGACACAUCAUGACAGCAGCACCAGCACCAGUAGCCAUAAUGAUCAGCAGUCCACACACCAGAAUGAAAUCAAUAGCGGCAUUUUAUCACCAAGAAUGCGGAAAAUUAAAUCAUCCGAUCGCAGUUCGUGUGGCAUCCAAAGACGAAUGUCAACAUGCCAAUCGAGCGCUAACGAUCAUCACUACGAACAAAUCUCAACGGUUGUCGAUGCAACAACAACCGCCGCAGCAUUAACAACACCAACACGACGAAAAUCCGAAACAACACUACUUCGAUACUUUUGUGUUACGCCCACAACACGGAGCCGAGAACAAUCACCAGCCGCUCCAAGUCGUUCCAAUGACACUACUAUUAGCAAUUAAGCUCCUUUUUUCGCCACAUUUUAUUAUUUUUUUUUUUAGAUGAAACAAAGGCAAUUUCAUAUUGAAGUGUCUUUUUUUACAAACGUUUUUCUAUCUCGUUAAGACCUAAACACGCUUCUCUAACAGGUGUAGUGUUAAGACCAUUUUUUAUAUAUAGAAAACAAAAACGCAUGUUUUUCCACAUUGAAAUUAUGUGCGGAUAGAUAACACCGAACGGCUGAACCGUUCUACAUUUUUCGAUAAGGUUCCUAGAAAGAAAAAAAACAAUGCAAAACAAGAAAGAAAAACACACACAUUUUUGUUUGGAUUGAAGUUCAAUUUUUUAUAAUUGCUGUUUGACAUUAUUAAAAAGAAACCAAUUGACAAAUAUCUUUUUAUGUUAACAAAAAAUUGUUGUUUUUUCUUAACCCACCCACUCGUAAACUCGACAAAAUAAACGAAAAAAGAACAGAUCAAUUAGCAAAGAGAAAAAAAAAAUUAUAAACAAAA